AUGGCUUCUGUCCUCAGCAGCAAAAUUCACGCGUCCGGGACUUGCCAGGGCUCCAAAGCUGAUGCCCGCGGUGACGCCGACGGGAGAAUGGACUGGGAUCCCGAGAUGCACGUGAAAAUGUGCAAGAAGAUCGCCCAGCUCACCAAGGUGAUUUACGCCCUCAACACCCGCCAGGACGAAGCGGAGGCCAGCAUGGAGGCGCUGCGUGAGGCCCACCAGGAGGAACUCCAGAAAGCCGUGGCAGAGACCGAGGCCAGGCUCCUGCAGGAACAGGGGCCCGCGGAGGAGGAGGCCCUGCUCCAGCGCAUCCAGGCCCUGGAAAGCGCGCUGGAGCUGCAGACGAGGCUGACGCAGGAGGCCCUGGCGCAGUCGGCCACGUGCAGGCUGGAGACCAAAGAGAGAGAGCUGCGGGUGGAGGCCGAGCACGCCGAGCGGGUCCUCAGCCUCUCCAAGGAGAUGCUGGAGCUCAAGGCUGACUACGAGAAGAGGCUCCGGCACCUGACAAGCCACGAGGCGCCCCAGCGGGGCCGGCUUUCCCAGGAGGGCCCGGACCCUCAGGGAGAGCCAGGCCACGGCCAGGAGAUGCGGGAGGUCCUGCUGGAGGUGGAGCGGCUGCGCGUGGAAAACCAGCAGCUGAGCAAGGACUACGCCCGCAAGGCCGAGGAGCUGCAGGCCACGUAUGAGCGGGACACCGAGGCCAUCCGGCAGGCCAUGCAGCAGUCCGUGAGCGAGGCCCUGUGGCAGUGGCAGGAGAAGGAGACAGACCUCCGCAAGAACUUCCAGGUCCAGGAGUCGGCCCUGCAGGCCCAGGUCAGGAAGCUGGAAGGGGAUCUGGAGCACAGAGGCCGCAAGAUAAGUGACCUGAAGAAGUAUGCCCAGAAGCUGAAGGAGAGGACGCAGGACCUGGAUGUGCAGCUCAAGGAGGCUCGGCAGGAGAAUUCAGAGCUGAAAAGCACUGCAAAAAAACUUGGAGAGAGGCUGGCUAUUGCCAAAGACAGACUGAUGCUGCAGGAGCGUCCCGUGAUGCAGAAAAGCGAUGACAUGAAGACGGAGCUAGUUUCAGAGAAUGAAGUCCUAGGGAAGGAGAAUGACCUGGAAGGCUGCAGUCUCCAUCCUCAGCAGGACCCAAACUUUCCCAAGGAGUGUCCAUACACCAAAGGAGGCCCAGAGGCACAGACCAAGAAAGAGGCAAGUAUUGAGACGGAAUAUAUGAAGCAACAAUAUGAAGAAGACCUUCGUAAAAUCAAACAUCAGACAGAAGAGGAGAAGAAACAUCUCAAAGACCAGCUAGUGAAGCGACUGGAAGACUUAGUGAAGAAGCACACCCUAGAAAUCAAGUCUGUUCGCUCGUCGGUGGAGGCAGAGAGGAGGAAGCUGCAGAAGGAAGUAGAAGCACAGUUGGAGGAAGUGAAGAAGAAGUCAGAAAAUGAAAUCAAGCAGCUGGAAGAAGAGAAAGCAGCCCUAAAUGUGAAGCUCCAGAAUUCUCUGCUAGAGGUUUUAAGACUGGAAGAAUUUAUCCAACAGAAUAAGGUGCGUCCCGGAAAAGGCAAAGAAAGGCCCCAGGGAUUGGACUGCCGGCACUGCAGCAUUUUCGAGACCCAGGAUCCAUGCUUGAAGCUGAAUGAACCUCAAAACCUGCCCAGAGGAGAAGAGUAUCAGGAUAAGUUAGCAGCCGAGGAAGGAACCAGCAGUGAUGAAGAAGAAAGGAUUGAAGUGCCCCUCAAGGAGGGAGGUGACCUGCAACCUCCAUUGAACUCUUUGCUGAAGGAGAAGGCACCUGAAAUCCAGCGUCUGCAGGAGGAGUGGCAAAGCCAGAAGGCCAGAUUGCAGGCCCAGGUCUCACAGAUGCAGCAGGCUCUGGAGCAGUGCGCCAACAGCCACAGGGAGGACGUGCAGGAGCUCAAGCAACUCUCCGACCACGAAAGGGAGAAGCUGCAGCACGAGCUCCAGGAGACCAUUCAGCAGAACCAGGCCGUGAAAGCCCAGCUCGAGGCCUCCCACCAGCGGGCCCUGCGCACGCUUGAGAAGGCCAAAAAUCAAGAACUCAAGGCCACAGAGGAGCGCUUGAGGAAGGAAUCCAGCCACAGCCUCCAGAUCCAGCACCAGGCACACCGGCUGGAGCUCCAGGCCUUGGAAGAAAAGGCCCAGCAGGAGCUCCAAGGGGAGCUCAAGAGGAUGCAGGCUCAGCAGGCUCUGCUGUUAGAGUCCCUCAGGCAGGAGCUCUCGGAGCAGCGGGCUGCCUGCUCCAAGCACCAGAAGGACCUGGAGGUGCUGCAGGCAGAGCUGAGGACUCUGGGCAGCGUGGGCAGGCGGCAGGCGAUCGCCCAGUGCCCAGGGGACAGCGAGGACCACACCGUCGCUGCCGAGGACGGGGGCGGCCCGGGCCAGGCCGGCUCCCCCGAGGGCGCCGCGGAGCCGGGUCCGAGCGAGGCGUGCGGCCUCUGGGAGGAGAACUCGCAGCUCAAGGACGCGGUGCAGCGGCUGCGGGCCGAGGUGGAACAGCACCAGCAGGAGGCGCUGCAGCUCCGCGACCAGCGUAGGCUGCUGGAGGAGGAUCAGCAAGCCCAGCGGGCCCGGGAGGUGGAGACGCUACGCCAGGAACACCGGAAGGAGAUGCAGGCCAUGGUGGCAGAUUUCAGCAGUGCUCAGGCCCGGCUCCAGGCCCGGCUGGCUGCCCUGGAAACUGAACUGACAGAUUCUGGAGAGAAGCCAGGGAAGGGGGCGUCCAGACCAGAGGACGUUCAGCUCAUAGGCCGUCUGCAGACCCGCCUGAAGGAGAGAGAGGAGAUCAUCAAGCAGCUCAUGGAGGAGAGAAGAUUUCACUAUGCAGCCUUCCCCAGUGCCAUGUCCCAUAGGAAUCGGUCCUUCUCUUUCAAUCCUCACCCAGGAUAUUUGACCCCUUCCAUGAAGAAAAAGAAGAUGGAGGAAGUGCCCAGCCGAGUGGUCAGUGUGCCAAACCUUGCCUCCUACGCCAAGAACUUUCUGAGUGGUGAUCUGAGCUCCAGGAUCAACGCCCCUCCAAUAACUAAAUCACCCAGCUUGGACCCAAGCCCCAGCUGUGACCAGCCUUACAAACCCACCCAGUCUCUAGAUGUGAAAACUGCCACGAGGACACAAGAUGGUGAAACAGCCCAACCCAAAGAAGUCCAACAGAAACAGGGCUCUGCCCACCAGGAAUGGUUUACCAAGUAUUUUUCUUUCUAAACUGAUUCUUGGGAUCCAUCACAAAGAGGACAUUUGAAAAACAUUUCUUUUAAAGCAACUGAUUGAAGGAAUGAACUAAACAACCAACCAACCAAAUAACUUGCUUGUGAUAUGAUUUAUAUAUAAUAGCCAAAACAAAUUUUGGCCUUAACAUUUCAUACUAUUUCAUUGUGACACCAGUGCUUAAAAAAAAUUCUUGCCAUUAAAGUUAAAAACCAAACAAACAAAAAACAACAACAAAAAAGUGUUAUCAAAAGUCACCCAUAGGAAAAUGUUAUUAAUGUUGCUGAUAACCUUCACAUUGUAUUUCUAGUAUCCAGAAGAUUUCAUUCCACUUUAUGGAAUACCAGGCUUUGUGAUUUCCAUGGUCUACUCGAAAAGUGGUUCGUUUUUCCUUAGAAUGCUAGUCAUCUCCACUUGAAAAGUAUUUCUAUGUAAAUGACAUAAUUCCAAAAUGCACAUUCAACCUCAGUAGGAAGAAGAGUAAAACAAAGUUAAAAAUACUCAUGAAAGCCAAUUAAAAAAACGAGGCAAAACUAGGAGUGGACUAUAGGAAACCCUGGCAUACUUGGAUUGAAUGCUUUGACUUCAUAGCUCCAGAACAUGAAGCAGACUAUAGAGGGGAUAACACCUACCUCAAAAGGGGCUUUGCAAGAAUUAAGCAAAAUAUUAUGAGUAACGAUACCAAUCAUGAAUUGGAAUUAACCACUGCCAGUAUUUUUCUGUGAAUAACUGAGCCUCGCCCCAUCAUCCAUCUCAGUUUCAAUGAUUGUAGUUUCAAUUUGGUCACUUGUCAAGGUUUCUAGAGUAUUCUAUGAAGUCAAAGACCUACUGAACCUGUAGUCUUUGGGCUUGGGCCCUUUGCCUCAUGGGGCAUUGCUUCCCCAUUGCAUGGAUGCUCAGUACAUUAAAGGGAAUCGGGACUGGCCAUUCACAGUGCUGACCUGCCAGUCCACACUGAAUUGUCUGACCUUCUUACAGAGCAGUGUGAUUUGACAAGACUCAAUACAAUUUGGGCAAAAUAUGUUCUCAGUCCUUUGGUGCUGGCCCCACAGGUGGCCAUAAACAGUUGUUUAUUCUAUGCACUGUCAAACCCUGCUCUUUGAAUAAAACUUUAAACUGGGCAAUAAAAAAUGGCUGUGACUUGUAUUAUUUUCCCAAAGAAUGGUGAAAUUAGAUGAAGAUGGAGCUUGGAAAUAGAAGUUCACAUUAACCUCAAUUAGAUCAUCUUCAAAUAAAAAGUAGCUGCUUCCAUACAUCAUUUUGAGAGAAAUGCAAUUACAAUUCACAAUUCAAAGGUAAAAUCACUAUCUAAUCA